GAACAUCACUCGAGCCACACCACUCACUAUCAUCACUAAGGUGAAAAGCAACAAGCUUUAUUCUUGCUUCUUCUGUACAGCACCCAAACAUUGAAGAAGAUGAUAGACUUUGCUCGCGUUCAGAAGGAGCUCGUGGAAUGCGGCAAGGACGCGGAAGGAUCGGGCAUCAAAGUGAAACCUAAGAGCGACAACCUCAUUCUCUUGAUCGGAACCAUUCCUGGUCCUCUCGGAACUCCCUAUGAGGGGGGCAUUUUCCAGAUUGAUAUCACAUUGCCAGAUGGAUACCCCUUUGAACCCCCCAAGAUGCAGUUUGCAACCAAAGUCUGGCACCCUAAUAUCAGCAGCCAGAGUGGAGCUAUUUGCCUUGACAUUUUGAAGGACCAGUGGAGUCCAGCACUCACUCUGAAGACUGCUCUUCUUUCUGUGCAAGCACUUCUCUCUGCUCCUCAGCCUGAUGAUCCUCAAGAUGCUGUUGUGGCGCAGCAGUAUCUGAAAGACUACCAGACAUAUGUUAGCACUGCUCGCUACUGGACAGAAAAUUUUGCCAAGGCCUCGUCUCGUGGGAUUGAAGAUAAGGUACAGAAACUAGUUGAGAUGGGAUUUCCUGAAGCUCAAGUAAGGAGCAUUUUGGAAGCUGUUGGUGGUGAUGAAAACUUGGCUCUUGAAAGGUUGCUGUAACCUCAAGUGUGAGAUAUCGACUAAAGCGUGUUGAUGACGGUGAAGUUUAGGAUGACAUAUCGCCAUAUGAUGUUGGAAACAUAUAGACAAAAACGGUUAAUUGAAUAUAAAGUAAUAUAAAUAUACUUGGCAUAUCGUAUAGUUUUGUUUUACUCUGCCUUCUUUUUUCUCCUUGGAAACUUUGGUACUCGACAUUUUCCUAAUGUUUUAUCAGGGUAUGAAAUUAAAUACCUUACUGGUAAGGUUUCUGCUCGUGGAUCCAAAGAGUUAGUUGAGGGAUGAAAGGCAAAUAGAUUGAUGAUUUUGUCGGAAGUUUGCUUUAUUCAUUUCAACAAUAUGUAUUCUAAAUGUGAUGUGAAAUGCCGGUAUU